GUCAUGUUAUGUCAAAAUUUUCAAAAUGUCGUCUAGUUAGUUAUUUCGGCGAUUUCUAAUGUAACAAAAUCAAUGUUUUUUGGGUUUUAAACUAAAAGUAACAGGAGUUUUACAUCGAGCCCAGUGAAUAAUAUUAUGUGAAAAUGUCUGCGUUACAGAAAAGUAUACUGAAAAGCAAAUUGCCGCCUCGAUGUCCUAAAACUUCUGGCAUACCAAAAUUGGCUCCGUUUGGUGCUACCCGUCGCAAAGAUUACACUCCUGUGUCGUGGAAGCAGUACUUUGACCGGUUUGUGGAUGUGGAGACUGAGUGUGGGGUGUUUAGAGUUUAUUUAUCUCCGGAACCUGAUCAUCCCGAACAAUUGAGGAUUGUCACUUUGCAUGGAGGUGGUUAUUCAGGGUUGAGUUGGGCUUUAUUCACUGAAGAAAUAACCAACAUGAUAAAGUGUCAGGUUGUGUCUAUGGAUAUCCGAGGUCAUGGAGAGACCAAGGCCAAAGAACCCGAUGAUUUGAGUGCAGAAACAUUAGCUAGGGAUGUGGAACAGGUCCUCCACAAGUUGUUCGACGGGGCAAUCCCCCCCAUGAUCCUGGUGGGGCACUCCAUGGGGGGCGCCAUCGCCGUCAGGGUCGCGCACUCGCCCUCGCUGGAGCACCACGUCGACGGCUUGGCUGUUAUCGAUGUGGUUGAGGGCACAGCGAUGGACGCUUUGGCCAGCAUGCAGAGUUUCCUGCGCGGGAGACCCACACACUUCAAGAGCAUCGAGCAUGCCAUCGAGUGGUGUGUGAGGAGUGGGCAAGUGCGUAAUGUUGACUCAGCAAAAGUAUCAAUGCCCGGUCAAAUUGUUAACUGUGAAACCGGUUUGCUGGCGACCAACGAAGUGGAAUCGUACACUCCAGCCGCGGAGUCUAAGCUGGAGCCGAACAGGCAUACGGCCCGCGCCGACUCCAUCGCAGAGGAGGAGCACGAGGCGGAGGCGGACGGGGAAGGGGAGGCGGAGGGGGAAGCUACCAGGGACGAGUUCGUGAGGCCCGGAGCUGUCGGGGAUGGCAACACUGCUAUGAAAUACAAAUGGCGUAUAGACCUGUCUCAGACGGAGGCGCACUGGGCGGGCUGGUUCUCGGGUCUGUCGAGCGCGUUCCUGAGCGCGCGCGCGCCGCGUCUGCUGCUGCUCGCCAGCGUCGACGGGCUCGACCGGCUGCUCACUGUGGGGCAGAUGCAGGGUAAAUUCCAGAUGCAAGUAUUAACCCGCUGCGGUCACGCCGUCCACGAAGAUUCACCCGCAGAGGUGUCGCGAGUGGUGGCCGCGUUCGCGUUGAGGCACCGCCUCACCACCGCCACUGAACUCGGCACUCACUUGAACCUCGUCGCGGCUCCAGGUUGUUGAACUCAAUACAUACACGCAAUAACUCCGGUCUUUCUUUCAAGUAUUAUUACGUAAACGAUGUUAUCAUGUUUUACAGCAAGACUUUUUAGAUUAUUUCCUUGGGGUGCUACCAUGGUUAUAAAAAACACAUAGUACGUAAUUGCGAUCACAUGUUCUGUCUUUUUUUUACACGAUAUAGGAAAAAGAGACGGCAUGUGAAUGUUAGUAACGUGCUACGCGUAUGUUUCGUGGUAGGUCUUCUGGCUCCUUACGUUCCUUUAUGUUUUACAUUAUUAUGUAUUGGUUUUGAAGUAAUAUUUGAUUUUCAAUAAAAUUCAACAAUAAAUACCGUGAUUAUUGUUUACAUGUUUCAUAAUCUUAGAAUAUUGGGCGAAGAAAUAAAAUUUCAAAUUACGCACGUUACAGGAAUGAUAGCUUUUCCUGUGCGUCAACGGUAAAUUAUUUUGUGUGAAAAAAAGAAAA